UCUGGAAUGUAAGCUUAUAGAGAAGUUACACAUCUAUUUUAUCUUGUGUUUCUCAUGCAAUCCUGAGGAGCAGGCUUAUAUUUCCUUUACUAGCCAGUGAACAGGCAACACCCGCCCUCAGCCUUCUCCCAGGGCCUGUUCAUCUGCAAGACCGCGAAGCAAGAGCCAAUUAAGGCGACACCUGCAUCUUGAGCUCCACGCGCCUCUAAUCUCGAAAUUUGCCAGAGAGUGUGAGACUCCAGCCUCCUCAGAUCUCUCUUUCUCCUACAGCAUAUUCACCAUUUAGGAGGCCUGAACCUAAGCAAUGAAGGUGGGGCUCAAGAAUAGAAAAGGAGAGUGGUCUCACGUGGAGGAAGUGGGCCUCUGCGAUCCAUCUUCAGCUAGUCAACUUUUAAUGGAAGCGGUUCCUGAAUUUCCCCAGGGCAAACAGAAUGUAGGGAGAAGGGAAGAAGAUACAAGAACAAAGAACUGUGUACAUGAGCCAGCAUCAUGGUGGAAACACACCCAAGGCUGACGGUUAUCCCUGGCUUUCUUCAGCUGUGAACGGCUCAGCGGGGCAGGAGACGCAGAGGCAGCUUCCGGAGGUGCUGAGUGGGGCCCGGGAACCACCUCGAGAGGACGGGCUGCCUCUGCUCACCGUGAUCAUCGCUCUCUUUGUCCUGCUGGCAGUCUGUAUCGUGGUGGCAGUCCACUUUGGGCCAAGUCUACACCAGGGCCGUGCCACUCUCCCCACAGAGCCACCAGCCCCAAAGCCAGAGGGUGGCAUCUACCUCAUCCACUGGCGAGUGCUGGGCUCCCAGGACAUUCAUGGAGACGCCCAGCAGGACCCUCCUGUCUCUGGCUCCUGCCUUGUGCCAGAUGGGCCUAGGCUCAGCAUCGACGAAGUCACGUACCUGUAGGAGGAAGACUUUGGAAAGUAGGCCAGACCUGGUCAGAGCAAGAAACUGGACAGAGAAUUAGGGCAAAGGCAAAUUGGGGCCUGGGCGUCAGAUCUUUGGAAGUGCACACACGGACUCAGCUGGAGCUGCCCUCGGGGCAGAAUACAGAGAAAGCCUUGAUGUGGACAGGGGGAAUAAAGAAGCUUGAGGGCCCUGCCCAGA